AUGAAUCCAUCCGAUGAUAUUCAAAAGUUACUUGAUGAAGAACGCAUUAAAUUUUACAAUUACUCUAAUUUUAAGGACGUUAAGUUAGUUGGAUGUGGAGGGUUCGGAAAUGUAUAUCGUGCUGUUCUUGAAAAUAACGAACUUAUUGUAGCAUUAAAAUCAUUUAAAAGUAAUAAUAUGACUAUUAAAGAAAUUGUCAAUGAGCUUAAAUUACAUUGCAAAGUGGAUAUACAUUCGAAUAUUAUACGUCUUUAUGGUGUUACCAAAAAUGAAGAUAAUAUAAUUUUGGAUUCUAUGCGUUAUAUGUUUGUUCUUGAAUAUGCUGAUGGUGGCACUUUAAGAUCAUAUUUUCAAAAUCACUUUAAACGUCUCAAUUGGAAUGACAAGCUUGAUUUUGCGCUACAAAUAUCUAAAGCUGUUAAAUUUCUACAUGCAGAAAAUAUAGUGCAUCGUGAUUUGGAUGAUGUUGAACAACAUCAACUUGUACUAUUGAUUUCAGAUAUUAAAAAUGGUGUUCGGGAAAAAGAUAUUCAAGGUACUUCACCUGCAUAUAUCAAGAUUUAUAAAGAUUGUUGGCAAUAUGACCCCGAUCUCCGUCCAGACAUUCAGCAAGUUGUUUCAAGCCUAGAGAAUAUAAAAAAUCCAGAAAAUCUAGAGCCAACUAUUGAAUCGACGGACAAUAUUCCUGAUACUUUCCCAGAUGGUGAAUCAAUGCAGCCAG